AGGUCCAAUUUCACUAUCUUAACAUUAGACGUUUUCGACUGGUCGUUUUUCUGAAGUAACAGAAAAUUGUUUAGAUAAAUUUUCAUUCGACUGGUAUUUCGUGAUGAGUAACAAAAAUCCGUAGAGUACAAAUCUCAUCGAGGAAAAAGGCGCGAUGAGUAGGAUCAUGUGAUCGAAAAAAAUGGCGGAGGGAGACGAGCACAAGUCGUUCUGGCAAGAAGUUCAGCUAAAUUAUCCGGAUGGCUUCUCCUUUAAGCAAGUGUUGGACCAAAACACAAUAAGAAGAUUAGAGAAUGGAGAUGAAGAAUUACUAGCACAAAUGAGAAAAAAUUAUGAGGAGAGCCAGGCAUCUAAAGUUAAUGCAACCAUGGCAACAGAAUGUACAAAUUUUCUUGAGGAUGAAGCAAGCGAUAUUGAAGAUUCCUCUGCCAGUACCUCUUUAGGUGAGACUACUAGUACGUCAUGUAACAAUGCAUGCUGGAGUAGAGAAGCCACUGAGCUUUUGAUUCAUCUGUAUGAAGAAUAUGAAGAGAAAAUGGAGGAUCCAAGAAAGAAGAAAAAAGAUAUUUGGAAGUUAAUUACACAGGGGUUAAAAAAUGGUGGCUUUGAAUUUUCGCAAACCAAAGUGGAAGGCAAAUGGAGAAGUUUAAUCGCUUCUCAUAAAACUCUGAGGGAUAAUAAAACUAAAACUGGGCAGAAACGUAAAACUUUUCAACAUUUUGAAAGAAUAGAUGCCAUUCUGGCUAAGCGUCAUGAUGUUCAUCCAUUAUUGUUAUCGGGCUCCGAUGUAAAUACAUCAACAGCAACUGUUACAAAAUUUAGCACCAAAGUUGAUCAUUCUCUGUUAGAGUCGAAAGAGGAGGAUAAUGAUUUCAAGGGAGAUACAGACUCCAGCACUUCAGACAAAGAAAGGGUGGCCUCUGAAACUUCUCCCGAAAAUAGCAGAAAAAGCACAUCUGCAACAGCAUGCAGACGACGUGAAAAAAGAAAGUUUGCUAGUACUUCAGAAUCAGGUUGCUAUAAAAUUUGUGAAUUGCCACUGCACAUUUUGAAGAAAAUUUUUGAGUUUGUUCAAAGGGAUGAUCUUAAUUGUAAAUUGUUUUUAGUUUGUAAAAAGUUCAGAAAUGUAGUCUACCUCACAAGAACUAAAAUAAUCAUUCACAUUGAAACACUUACAAUUGACUGUGGCAUGAAGUUGAUGCCAGACUUGGAAAAAGUGACAAUAAUUGGACUAAGUGGUGGGCAGAAAACCAGUAAUAUACAGCCAAUUAUCAACUUAUUUGAUGUGAACUUUCAAAAACUUGAAAGUCUUGUCCUGAAAGGAUUUUUUUUAAAGAAUAUUUUUUUUCAGUUACUGAGUUCUUUGUCACAUGUAGAGUUACGGGUUUUGAAAUUUGUGUUGUGUGAUUACAGAACAGUUGGAGAACUGAAAUGUAUUCUAGAAAUACUUCCCACUCUUAGAUAUUGUGAUGUUGCAUGCAAUUUGGAAACUGUUUUGGACUAUCAUGUUUUUGCAGAUAUAGCCAAUGAAUUGGUUGGUCAGGUGAACUUAAAUCUGAAUACUUUGGAAAUGGUGCCAUCACGUCUGCUCAGACACAAAAGAGCAGAGUACAGAGCUAAGUGGCCAACAGGGCAGCUGUUUGUUAGGCUGGAUUUGCUGCAUUUUACUAGAUUUUAGCAAAGUCAUAUUUGUUGAACAUUUGAAUUGUUUGCUGUAAAUUGCUAUUCAAUGUAGAAAAGAUCACUUACCAUUGGGGUCAUUUGUGGCUGAAUUUUACUAGAUUUUAGCAGUCAUGUUUAUUUAAUAUUUGAAAUGUUUGCUGUGAAUUCCUAGUCAAUGCAGAAAAGAUCAUCUGGUUAUUUUCUGGUCAGUUGUUUUAUACUUGAAAGUUUACUCAUGUAUAAACAUUACAUUGUUGAUUUUUUGUAUUUUAAUUAUUUUUCAGUUUCACUUGUUUAUAUUACUUUACAUAUGAAUAAGAUUAUUCAAAUGUACAUUGUCUAUAUUUUUUCUACAAUUUUUCUUUUUACAAAUUUUGCUCAAGUAGAGUUUACAUUUUCUUAUGCCAUUUUUAGUUAUAUUUCUUAUUAAAGAAUUACAAUUUUA